AAAUCACUGGAAGGAAGGAAAUGGAGAAGAAGAGUCACAGUAUGUCAGUCUGAGAAAGUUUAAUCGCCUGAACUUUGGAGACGGCAGCUGGGAGUAACAUGGGGCAUCCUAAUGUGCCACUUUCCCAAAAACAAGCCCGGGCUCACAGGAACAAACACAUAUCCAGCCGGCUGCAGCCCUACGCCUCCAACGAUAAUUUGAACAAUGCUCUGGGUGCCAUCAGAGUUCUUGGUGUGGAGCUGAUCGAAGAUGAACUCAGACCUCAUUUGAUCACCGUGCUGACAAACAUCAAGGAGAAAAAGAAGGGUGCUGCUGAGCAGGUUGUGAUUAGUGGGAUCCUGCCCAUCCUGGCCCUGUCUCUGAGAAGCCGAGGUCCUCUGACUUUGCUGACUGCAAAACUGGUGGCAGAGCUUGCCAAAGAAUCUGUGGUUCGUAAAGGUUUCGGCGACGCAGGCUUGGUUACAGCCCUGAUGUCGGUUCUGACCAGCACAAAUGAAGAGCUGCUGAUCUAUGCAGCCAAAGCCAUCUCACGCAUGUCUUAUGACAGCUCUAAACUGCAGGAACUGCUGCUACGUCGCGGCGCUGUGCCGCGUCUGGUCGCCAUCUUGCUCCGUUUCCCUGACAGGGAGGUCCUGGAGGAGGUUUGCCUCAUGGCUCUCUGUAACCUCAGUGGCAUGUCAGUGGCAGAGGAGGCCGGGAUGAUUUGGGAGAGAGGAGUGCCAGUGAGGCUCGGGGAGUGCGUGUUUCACGGGGUUUCACCCCACACCUGCGGCUUCGCCUCUUCUGUGACGCUGGUUCGGGUUUCUCAGUGGGGACCCGGCCAGUACAUGGUCAGCAUCGAGGAUUUCCAGCGCUGCUCCUCCUCCUUCUGGAACCUUCAUGGGAACAAACGGGCCCUACACUGGUUCCCCUUCCUCAGCUUGGGCAACUGUUCAAACAUGUUUAAAAUGAUCAAGUUCUCUACCAGGAACAUUCCUCGGACAAAGAGUCUGAAGACGCGUGUGUUCCACACUUUACUGUGAGAGCUUUAAAACAUGGCGGCCUUAGCAAAUGUACUACUAUACUGAACACAAACAGUAGCUGUGUCUGAACGUCCGCCCUAAACCCCUAAACCCUCCAUCAUUAUAGAGCAAGAAC